UUGCGUUGUUGCGUCUGUCCGCCUUAACAACAAUUCUUUUCUGUUCUGUUGCUAUUUAGGUUCUUUUCUGAUACGAAAAUCGAUACAAAAUUAUCAUUCCAUUGCCGCCCACCUGGUUUCGUUGGUGAUACGAAUAAGCAGAACGCGUUGAAACUCGCAGAAACCGCAUCACGAUGGUUUGGCUCGAAUCAUGUUGGUCCCCCUGUAUCUGGACAAAUUCCGUAAAAACGGGAAGCUACGCCGUGGCUGCUUACACGGUCGCUGGGAGUAUCGUUUUGAUUACGAUGAUAAGCUACAUGCUGCUCGGGGGUGACUCUUCGCAGCUUUACUCACCAUUGUUCGAAACGGACAUUCGUGAUUCGAUGCAAAUAGUGGGAGGAUUCUUCAUCUUCUACCUGGUGCUGAUGAUCCUGUCUGCGGGUGGCAUUUGCUACGCGUUGAAAACUACCACACGCGGCUGGAUGCUUCCGUGGCUGUUCCUUUUCGGAAUAGCCAUUUUGUUUCAAUUCGUUUUCGGAUUGUGGCUGAUCGGAGGUUACUACAUCUAUCUACAACAAACACUGUCCUCCUUGAUCUUGUGGGUUUGGAUGGCCUACAAUAUCUAUUGCUGGAUGUGCGUUUACUCACAGUAUCAAAUCUUCGAGAAUCUUCAAUCACCAAACAUUGAGUUGCUGAUGCCCUAGAAGAAGGCGAUUACCUCCCUUUUUGGUAGCGUUUUUAGUAUAACACUGUAUUUCUCAGUUAUUCAUAGGUUUUAAUCCAGUCAUUCCAAGUAUCGUCUAGCAUUUGACUCGGUGCUUUUCACGCCACCGUUCUUCUCGACCAUCGGUAUAGCGAAUAUCAGGGCCGAAUCUCUAUUUACAUUCUUCAUAACUCGUAAGCACAUUUUAAAGCUUGCAAGAUAGUUUAGCAAAACCCAGACUGAUGAAAAUUCGUUCCGUCCCGUGGCGAAAAACCAUCUUUUACAAAUAAACACAUUUUUC